AUUGAUCUCCUCUUGAAUGCUUCAUAUUGGUCUUUCUUCCAAGUUGGUAGGUUAUUGUUUACUUUAUUCUAAAUGUCUCCCAUUGCUUGGAUUCUUCAACUGAAACAGAAGGAAAUUACUCCUCUCGUUCCCCUCCCUGCUCAAAACAAGUGGCAUAUAUGACAUUUAAAAGGAAAAGUGAAACAAGUGCUAACUGCACGUAUGUGCUUAAUUUUGUCUCCUAUUUGUUUGCAGGACUUGUGGUUCCCGAUGUUCCUCUAGAGGAAACUGACACAUUGAGGAAGGAAGCUGUCAAGAACAAGAUUGAACUGGUACUGCUUACGACGCCCACGACCCCAACAUAUCGGAUGAAGGCCAUUGUGGAAGCAUCAGAGGGAUUUGUUUAUCUUGUUAGCUCGAUAGGAGUUACUGGCACACGUGCAUCUGUAAGCGACAGAGUACAAACUCUUCUACGGGACAUUAAAGAGGCUACGGAUAAACCAGUAGCAGUUGGCUUUGGCAUAUCAAAACCCGAGCAUGUGAAGCAGGUAGCUGGAUGGGGAGCCGAUGGUGUGAUCGUUGGCAGUGCGAUGGUGAAGGUGUUGGGUGAAGCGAAAUCUCCGGAGGAAGGACUAAAGGAGCUGGAAAUUUAUGCUAAAUCUUUGAAGUCUGCCCUUCUUUGAUGGAAAUCUCCUUGGAAGAAAUCAAUUUUCUGGCUGUUGCUUUUCAAAAUGUUAAGGAAUUAUAUGAUUGAAUUGCAGUAUUUUCUUGUUGGACGACAUUAUUUAGGAGCUUGAAAUGGUUGACAACAAAAGGGGCAACGUAAGACAACCUUCUUAGUUUAAGGUCUGUUGUUACGUUUAUGUUCUGGGAAAAAGUCAAAACAAUUAUUUUAGAUUUUCA